GGCUGCUCACUCUCGCACGCUUCGCUCCAGACCCCCGAUACCAAGCGAUCCGGCGGCCGUAUCAGUCUGCGUCUCCGGUCUCCAAAUCAGUCAGUCUCAUUUUCAGUCUCAGUCCAACUAUCAACGUCUUACGAGCUCCAUUAGCGCGGUUCGGCGCGAUUCGAUUCGAAUCGGUUUGGUUAUUAUCCAUAUUCCAUAUAUCACGUCCAGCUGUUAUCGAAGCCAAAGAAGCUGAGUAAUGUGAUUGAUCACUGGCAGUGCUGCAACCAGCAAUCCGAGUGAAGAAAUAAUUAGAAGUAAAGUAAAAGUGAAAGAGUGGAAAAGUGAAAAAGUGGAAAAAUGUGGUCAGCUCUAGCGGCUUCUGCCGCCUGGGAAAGUGUGCGACAAAUUCGCCACUCGCCAAAGCAUAGAUAAAAUGAUAAUGCGCCCCCAGUCUGAUUUGUGUAUGAAAGCGUGAAAGAUAAUGCCCCGCUAUAUAUGCCUUACAUAACAAUUCAAUUGGCCUAUUAGCAUACAAAUGAAAAGAGUGAAACAAGCAAGUGGAUUGAUUUAAAGCGCCAAUAAUUGAGCACUUCGGAUGCAAAUUAAAGACUUAGGAUUUUACUCAUCAACGGGAACAGUGAACGGCCUCAAAAUGCCCGGAGGCAACAGCAACAUUAUCAUCAGCGGCAGCAGCAUCUGCAGCAGCAACAACUUGGCCGGCUGCAUCUUGGAUAGCCGAGAACGUGAUCGCUUUCUGGCCAAGAUCGGAGCAAGCCAGCGCCAUGGCGAUGUCACCUGUCUUGGAUGCGGCUGCCAAAGCCGCUGGCCGUGAUUUCAAUGGCAAUGCAGCAAAUGCAACAGCAGCAUCAACAGCAACACCAACUGCAGCAGCAGCAGCAGCAACCACACCGCGCAAAACGAAAAAGACAAUUAUCAAUUGGCUGGUGAAUAGUGACAGUGAGAACAACAAUCGGCCGACGUGCGAUAAAGCCGGCAAAGAUAAUCCAAAUCCGAAUCAAAAUCCGAAUAGCCAAGCAAAUCCGAAUCAAAACUGCAGCUGUGAGUCGCGGGCAUUUCGCGAUUUCCGUGGCGUGCAAACCUUGCGAUUGUUGUGGAGCAGGCGCAUCAAAAGUGCCAGCGAGGAUCAAUGUCACUCCCCAGUCCACUGCCACACCUCCUCCUCCUCCUCGCUGGGCACAUUAAAAAAGUUAAAUAAAAGCGUUAGCUGUCUGGUUAACGCCUUUAAUAACUCGCGCGAUUGCGCUACGCCGGAAAAAACGUUGGCAAAACGCGCGGCCAGUUUGCACAAUUUGCAGGAUUCGCAGGCGAAGCAUAAGCAAUUGCAUAGGGAAAAAGAUAACUUCUACAAGUACAAAAACGCCGAGCAGGCCAAAAUGCAGGCCAAGUUAAGAAGCAGCGCCGACGAGGCGAUUUUAAACGCCAGCGAAACGCGAGCGAAACGUGACGACAGCGGUGGUUUACCUGGAGUCAAAUCGUAUAAUUUGAACACCUUAUCAGCCGCAGAUAAGGUUGCAAAAGUGGCGAAGGGGGAAGCUAAGACGCAGAGGAGGUUGGAGGAGCCGGUGGGAGAGGCGGAGGUGGAGGUGGAGCUCCGAGCUAAACGGGAGCGCAAUCACCUUGAGGGCAUCAGUCUCAGCGCGGCGAGCGCCCAAAGUGGGGGCAGUAGCGAAUCGCUUCAAACCACCACCACCUCCUCCACGCCCACCCACAGCAGCGUGACGUCAUCGACGGGUCGGUCGGGCGGACGUCGCAAGUAUAGCUUUAAAACCCAUGCCGGCAAGUCAUAUCAUCAGCACCAUCAUCCGUCGCGCAGGACUAGCAACAUGGAUUCCUCAAGUGGUGGCAUCAGUAUGGUUGCCAAACUUACCCAUCAGUUCAACGAGAUUAUCCAAAAGGAUGCAAAACUACUGGAGCAGGUCAAGCGGAACAAUGGCGUUUGGAUAUCCCGGGGCACUCAUGUCUACAAGAUUGUGGAGAAACCAACGUCAGAGGGAAAGGGAUUACCUAACGCCGAGGAAAAUCGCAUCUCGACCGUUCAGCGAAAUAUCAAAAAGUUCGAGCGGCUGGAGAAGCCGAGUGUGCCCUUGAAGAGUGAACAGCUGAUGCGGAAACAUCUCGAACUGAUGAGGGGCAGUAGUCUUCCGCGGGGUCCGCGAAUCAAAAGGAAUCUCAAGCUACCACCGGGUAGUGUGGGCAUUCCAGAACUGGCGAUAGUCAGCGAGGAAUUGAAGACUCCUAAUUCCGAAGAGCAAGCUAAGCAACCAAAGUCAGUCCAAAAUGAAUCACUGCCCAAUCAUCCCGAAGAACUGAAUCAGUCGAAUGACAGACCCAGUGAUGAGUUGGCUGUAAUUUUGGGGGAGGAAGGCGCCGAGGAGGAGCUGCGUCAGAAGCAGCGGAAGCACAAGUAUGCCUCCAUAUACGAGAAACUCCGAUUCACCUUCGCGAAAGGUAGAAAAUCAGCGAGUCCCUCACCCACGAAGGGCCAAAUCCGGGAGGAAGUAUCCAUAGAUGAAGAGUCCGUCAAGGAGAACACAUCCGAUGAUAUGGUUACUCGGAAAGAAGAUUUCACAUUGGAACUUUCCAAAGAGGUAAUACCUAGAGCAGAAGGCCUAGAAGAUUCCUCACACGCCCUGCUUAUAUCCCCGUGCUUUGAAGCCGAUGCCAAAAUCCUGGACGCCCUUGAGGCAGUGGACCAAAAGCUCAAGGUGCUCAACCCCCUCAACGAUGUGACCACCGCAGACGGUGAGCGGGAGCUCCUCCUGGCCGCCAACGAUGACUUCGAGCAGCGCAUCCUGCCCAAUAGCUCCUUUGUUUACCAGGCGGCCAACAAGCAGUACUCGAAUAACCAAAUUCUGCUGAACCAGGCUGUAAAUGUUACCCUAGUGAAUGCCAUCGAGGGUGAGCAGAUGAUUAUGGAGCAGAAGCAACUGAUGAAGGUCAGAGAGUUGGAACUCACUGAGAAGGCCGAAGAUCAACCCCUUAAGCCAGCGGAAAAAUCGCCAGAUAAAGACGAAGCCCUGGAGCCCGAAUCCCUCUACGAACCCAUCACACCUGUUAUGGAUGAAACCAAGACUAAAGCCCAGACAUCCAGCCUCUUUAAAAUAUACACCAAGAAAUCAGAGAUUGUGGAGGACAUAUACCAAACGGUUGAGGAGGCAUCCACUGUCGAGGUGAAGACGAAUAACUGGCUGGAGGGCUACGAAUCAAUCGCUGGAUCCCAGGAGGCAUGUCCCUUGACGUACGAUGGCUACGAGUCCUUCGCCCCGGAAGAGGUGGUAACUACACCCACUACUCCAUCUGCCACUGGCACACUGGGCCGGAAUACCCGCGAUGAGCUGCCGGAACUGCCGAAGCCCAAGAGAGUACUCAACAAAUCACCCAUUCCCAUGCGACCAGCACCUCCAAAGCCAGAAGCCAAAGAGUCGGAAGAGGAUGAUAAUAUAUACGACACCAUCAAGGGCUGCUACGAGUCCAUGCACUGCAAGGCAACCUCCUCCUCGUCCAGUGGAGAAGCCACACUCACCACGGACACCAUUUCCCUGAGUUCCAACUGCUACGAGAGUAUCUCCCACAUCCGGAGAAGCCGAGUGGCAACUACUCAGAAUCAUGGUCAGGGUUCGGCGGGCAGUUGCAUCCAACUCUCGAGCAGCGGCUCCACAUUGACCAUCUCCUCAGAUCACAAGACCAACAGCCUCUAUGAAUCCUCUCUGGCGGCCGCCGGAUGCGUGGUCUAUGGAAGUGCCAGUGUGGGAUGCAGGUCGUCCUUGGGCAGUAGUGCCGGAAGCAGGGACAGCGGAAAGCCCGGCGAUAAGAGAUCCUCCAUAGCCGGCUCCAGUGACAACAGCGAUGCCUGGGUGGACAUUUCGGAUGGGGAGAUUGGCCACACGACGAUGGAGGCGACCAACAACGAGGCCCAGUUCAUUGUUGUAAGGGAAAGGUUUAAGCCACAUCGCACCCGGAGUCCAGAUUGGUCGAAACGCAUCAGAGACAAAAGACUGCAACAGAAGAAGGCGAUAAGCUGCAUAGAGGAUGACUCAGACCACUACUACGAGACCCUGUCGCCACUUGGAAACAAACGCCAUUCAACACAGCUGGUGCGGCAGAGCCAGGAUGGAAAUCGGAGCGGAGGGGUGCGUUCCUCGCACCGCCGGAGCAAGAACCACUCGGCAUCCGCACACACAUUGGGCGAGCACGUGGUCAUCUCGGAUGAUUACGACUCCUUUGAGACGGACAGCGAUGAUCACGGCGAUGAACCCGACCUGCGGCUAAAAAACCACAAUGACAGCGGCGUGGACAUGCGCAACCAUCGCCUGCCAAAGCCUCCUCCUCCGCAGAACCAGGUAUAUGAGUUCGUGCGCAAAUUCAAGGACUUCAUAUCCAGCAAGAAAUCUCCCAAGGGUAGUCAGCAAAAGCUGUACGAGAACACCCCGGCAUCCACGCUAUUCUACGUGGAGUCCAGCAAACCAACGGAGGACGUUUACGAAAACACUGAAUACGGACCAGAGCGGAUUCCAGCUCCCGGAACCAAGGGCCACCAGGAGCAGGCUCCGGUUCUGAGGGCCAAACAGAAAAACGGCAAGAGCCUUCGCUCCCGUCUUCGUAAAAGUCUGGUCGGCUCUAGCUUCGAUACCAAGCAGCUCUCCUCGCUGGCACCUACACGAAGCACCUUCUACGUGGAGGACCCCGAGGGAUCAUUGCCAGCUCUGCCAUUAGAGCCAGAGAUCCACGGUUCCGGAGAACUGGACUCGGGCUUCUCGGACAAGAAUUGCACUCCCUUGCCAGAGGCACAGAAAUUCUCAACGGUUGCCCGCAAGGCCAAGAAGGAGGCGAAGGCCAACAGGCGUCGCACCACCAUUGGUCUGCGACCGCACGAUCCGCCGCCGCCUCCACCGCCAAUGACCGGCGGCAAAUCUCCCACGGACCCGGAGCGUGACCUGGAUGCUGAGCAGACUACUUCCUGGUACGCCGAGUGCGGCGUCUUUAAGCAGGCCACCAAUGGUGCUGUGUCCCCGAGGGGCGAUGAACCGGUCACACCCACGCCUAGUGGUCACGGAGGCGUUAGUUCGUGGUACGCGGAAUCGGGACUCUACCAAACCAGCGGCGUAUCAGUGGCCAGCUCCAGCGGCAGCUCCGGCGUGUCCACCGGCAAUGAGGCGGGCCUGGGCGACGAGUUGUCCUCGGAGCCACAUAGUCUGUUCUCCAAUGAACCCCUAUACCAGAUGUAUAGCGCAGCCAAGCUGGAGUCGAUCACUCGCGACCUGGAGGCGCAUGGAUCCUCAGAUGGCUACGAGGAGAUUGGCCAACAAGCUAAGGCGAAGCCCGAGCCACUGGUUAAGCCAAGACCCACUGCCCUGCAGUUGGUGGAGCCCAAGAACGGUCCUUCUCGCACCCUGUGGAGCGAAAUUCCCGAAGUCAUACACUCUUGCAUACUGCCCACUUUGACCAGUCGGGAGCGCAGUCUGCAGGAGGCCAAGUUCGAGAUCAUCACCUCAGAGGCCAGUUACCUAAAGUCGCUUAACCUGCUGCGCCGUCACUUCAUGAAUCACAACGCCUUCUUGGACUCAUCCGUGCUGAGUGCCAAGGACCGAAAAGCACUGUUUUCCUACAUUGUGCCCGUGCACGAAUGCUCAGAGCGAUUGCUCACGGAACUGGAGGCCUGCUGGCAGGACAACAUCAUGCUGCUGGGACUGAGUCGCUGCAUCUACGAGAUCGCCGAGCGGCACUUCCAUGUUUACGUGGCCUUCUGUGAGCAUCAGGGCAGAAUGGAUAGAACUCUACGCCGUCUUAAAGAGUCCAAAGAAUCUCUGGCCUUCCAGCAGCACCUGGAGCGGCUGGAGGCGAGUCCCAGCUGCUGCGGUCUCAAUCUGCACUCCUUCCUGAUGCUGCCCAUGCAAAGGAUCACCCGCCUGCCGCUCCUGAUCGAUGCAGUGUUCAGCAAGGAGUCACCGCUGAAUCGCGAAGAAUACGAGAGCUGGAAGUUGACGCUCGCUCUCGUCCAGAAGGUAGUGGGUCAGUGCAAUGAGGCGGCCAACCGCUGGGAGCAGGCAUUUGAGCUGGAGCGGAUUGCGCGCCAGCUGGAGUUCCCCUCCCAUGUGCGAGCGCUGGCCAUAGCACCGGUGGGAGUUCCGCGAGCGGGAGCCAAGCCGCGUUUCCUGGUCAAACGAGGCGAGCUGACGCAUCUGCUGUGGCGUGGCGAGGAUGCCAAAUUGACCUUCGGCAAGCGCCUGACGAAGAUCAGCAUAUACGCCUUCCUCUUUUCGGAUCUUCUGUUGCUCUGCAAGCGUCGUGGUGAAUCCUCCUUCAGUGUUUUUGACUAUUGCCCCCGGAGCAUGCUGACCCUCGCCGCCGGCGAUACGCUGCCCCAACUUCCAACCAAGGACCUGAAGGACCAAGCCGGCAAGAACCUCAUUCUGAUGACGCUGCUCGAGAACUGCGACCGCAAGACCGUCGAACUGUUGCUGUCUUGCCCCUCGGUGUCCGACCAGCAGCGCUGGCUGCAGGCCAUGAGACCGCCCGAGGCGGAGACCCCCGGCGAGAAGCUCUACGAGUCCUGGGACUGUCCUCAGGUGGUGGCUAAGCACAGCUAUGAGUCCGACGAGCCAGACGUUCUUCAACUGGAACUGGGCGACGUCGUCAAUGUUUCCCGCAAACUGCCCGACGGCUGGUACCAGGGCGAAAGGAUACGAGAUGGAGCCGUGGGCUGGUUCCCUGGAAGCUACACCGAGGAACUGAAUUCAGCCCAUGUCCGAGCGCGGAAUCUGAAGCAGCGGCACCGUCUGCUCACCUUUACUGCCACUUACCUGGAGUCCCAAAAGAGCAAGUGAAAACGGGGAUAACUAAAUAGCAACGCCAACUCCAUAGUCCGCAACCAACUCUAAGUGAAUUACCAAUAGCCGAACACUUUAGGAAAUGUGAUAAUUAUUUAAAUCGAUGUUAGUAUUGAUUAAUCGAAAGUCUUAAAAUAAUUUUCCCUACCAAGUAAGCAAUAGAGAGUACUUCAAUUUAAUUAUAACCGUUUAGUGGUAAAUAAAUAAAUAAAUAAAGAAGCGAAAUUUAUGAAAACAAUUAUCAUA